UCCCCACAUCAUUUGUGCGCUGCAUCGCAAAAUGAUGGGUAACAGGCUCGAAUUACUUCAUUUCCAUGAGGACUAAUAGCGACAGGAAUGAUCAAGAAUAGUGCAAACGGCAGAAUUGCCGACAAUACAGAAAGUAGUUUACGCUUCUUUGUCGACGCUGCCUGAGCAACACUUUGAACAUAGCCUGAUCUACGAGCUGGCUGGCCUCGCCAAGUCAACGACAAACGAUGCCCCUGCUCCCAGAAGGGCUCACUCUCAAAGGCGCAGUUGCCGAACCACGUGGUCGCGGCAUCGCAGCCUCGCGCACUUUCCAGCCAGGCGAGAUAAUCGCGACAUUCAGCUCACCGAGCAUCGCGAUCCCGGACAGUCCUCACCUGUCCACCACAUGCAGCGGGUGUCUGUUGCCAUCUAGUCAAGAGGGGCAAUCUCCUUCUACGUCACAGCCCCUGAGAUCUGUGAAGGCAUGCACAGGCUGUCGAACCGUAGCUUACUGUUCCGCAGCAUGUCAGAAGCUGGACUGGACGACAGGCGGUCACAAGGCCGAAUGCAAGGUCUUCAAGCGCGUGCGGGCUGAAGGUCACGAUUUCUUACCCACCCCUGUGCGUGCGCUCGUGCAGGCUCUCUUACGGCCCGAGAUAAGCGCCGCCUUCGAAGAGAUGGAAGGGCACGUUGAUAGGUUCCGUCGAGAUUCUGGCAAGCUGUGGUCUGAUAUGGAGCUUCAGGCGAUGGCAGCACUGCAUUAUCUAGGCCGUGAGACGAACGCUAAGAGUCUAGCAGAGGCAAUGGAGAUACUGUGCAAGUCACACGUGAAUUCAUUCAACCGUCUAGACGAAGAUGUUGGGCAAACGGGACUCUUCAUGAACCCAGCACUCGCAAUGAUCAACCACUCAUGUACACCAAAUGCGUAUGUGCAGUUUAUUGGCCGAAAAGCUGUGCUUCACGCAUACCAAGACAUAAAAAAAGGUGAAGAGAUUGAGAUAUCCUACAUCGACCGCAACCUUCAUCUUUCCCAUCGCCAGGAAGCCCUCAGGACGCGCUAUCACUUCACAUGUACAUGCCCGUGCUGUAAAGAUGAUAUGGACGUGUACCAAGUCUGUCGGGCCUAUCCGCAUCUGCGCCUGAACAGCCUCAGUCUAGCACCCGACAUUCAAAAAGCACAUGAUCCUCAGGUUCCUAGUCUCGACAAGAAAGGCUUGUUGAGCGCCACCGUGGAGGAAAUAGAGUCCUGGUGUUCAACAUCUCUCUUCGGUCUCAGUCCGCAUGAAAAGCAGAAACAGCUACGCCGGCGCUGGACAGCCUGCAAACCUCUCCGCGACGCCCACGCCCACGCCUACGCCCUAGAGCCACUACCGCACGUCCUCGCGGAAGCAAGCAUGUACUUUGGGGAGCAAGGCAAUUUCGCGUAUAGCCUAUGCAUAUCGAGUUUCCUCGCAUCGCAAACAGAGCCCUACAAAGAGGCCGCGCCGUUUGCGCCGCAGCGAGUAAAAGGGGUCUUCAUGGUCGCAAAACUGCUCGCGAACACCGCGCCGGCAGACCUGAGCCCUGGUGCUAAAAAAGAUUCAUUGGUUUCAAGCAAGAGUCUCUUGGGAAGAAUCUCCACGGCGUUAGGGAAGAUAGACCAAGCAACGAUGUGUCAGGUCCUCCUCGAGAUGGUCGUGUACUACGCCCCUGCGGCGCAUUCGAAGGAAUGGGCCGUAUUCCACGAGGCGAAGGAUUUGCUGGGUGAUAUCGAGGUGCUGCAGGGGCGAGAGAUGGAGGACGCGCUCGUCAAAGCAUUCAUGCGGAAUCCGAACGGGGUCGACGAGAGACGGUUUUUCAACCAAGCUGUGCUUCACCCGCUUCAAGAGUUAUCUGCAUUUUGUUUUGAUAUAGUGGAUAGCGAAUUUGGUUCCUAGCAAUUGGAACCUACGUCAUAUUCGUCACUACAGAAUAUGACCUCCUAAAGCCACGAGAGACGAGAAGGUCCUCUACGGAACUCGCGAUAUCUUUUUCCGAGUUUCUACAAAUCAUCAUGAAUUCAUAUCUACAGACAAAGCUAGCAUCAAGAGGAAUAGAUAUAUGUCACUUGCAUACUAAUUUGCUAGAUACAAGCAAGCUCACCUCUGUCAAGUUCAGGAGGAUAACGUGCCUGUUCAUGUGUCAUGGCCCUCAUGUGGACUGCAAUACCUGGUAGAGCUGU